GGGGUGGGGGGGGAUAGAAGAGAAGACCUCCGGGUGCUGCUGGAUAACGCGGCUCUAACGCAGCUCGCCCUGCUCAACCCCGGGACAAAUAAACGGAAGGGAAGAAGAAGAGGCAGAAUGUGGUGGCUCUGACUGACUGAGGGCAGUGUCGGGUAGUCGGGGACAACCGGUGGUCGUUAAACCGUGUGGGUAUGAGGGUUGUGGUGGUGAAAACCGAUUCUGAACGCGCGAGAAAGUGACGUGCCGUCCUCCCACCCUUCCGCCCUUUGCCAUGAGCCUCUUGUCAACUAAACGGACAAGACAGCCAAGUUCAUUUUUCUCUCCAUACUUAUAAAAUCACCACAUUUUACCUUUCUCUGUUUUUAUUACAUUUUUUGAGUGCCUGUCUGUUGAACCUCCAAGUCUGGCUGGAUAGAAGGAAAUAAAGGGUGAAUUUGAAAAACAAAAAGGCGACAAAAGAUUAAGACAAACAGGAGCCGCCUUUAUGAAGAUGCUGAUGUGUGACCGCGGCGUCCAGAUGCUCGUGACAACGGUAGGCGCGUUCGCCGCCUUCAGCCUCAUGACCAUUGCCGGUCCCCAAACCGGACUCCCUCCGGCCCCUGGCUGCACUAGAAAUUACAACGACACGAGCCGCAAGAACGAGGAGGUGAUGACGCACUCUGGCCUCUGGCGAACCUGCUGUCUGGAAGGAACAUUCAGAGGAGUUUGUAAGAAGAUCGAUCACUUUCCUGAGGAUGCUGAUUAUGACGCAGAUGCUGCUGAAUACCUCCUCCGUGCUGUGCGUGCCUCCAGUAUCUUCCCCAUCAUGAGUGUGGGUCUGCUGUUCCUGGGGGGGCUCUGUGUAGCUGCCAGUGAGUUUUACCGGACCCGACACAAUGUCAUCCUCAGUGCGGGAAUCUUCUUUGUUUCCGCAGGCCUCAGUAACAUAAUUGGAAUUAUUGUCUACAUCUCAGCUAAUUCGGGCGACCCUGGCCAGAGUGAGAGCAAGAAGUCCUACUCCUAUGGCUGGUCCUUCUACUUUGGUGCCCUCUCCUUCAUCAUGGCUGAAAUGGUGGGUGUUCUGGCUGUGCACAUGUUCAUUGAGAAGCACCGCAAGCUACGAGCCAAGUCCCGCACUGAGCUCAUCAAGAAAUCUGCCUUCAGCCACAUCCCCUCCUAUCGCUACCGCUUCCGGCGCCGCUCCAGUGUGCGUUCGUCCGAGGCCCCCAGCCGCGAUACCUCACCCCUGGGGAAAGGCGGCUACACAGGGCCUGCUGCCUCUGAGAUGCCCAUGUAUACGCUGAGCCCACGCGACGCAGGCAGUGUUGGCACCAAACCAGGUGGUGGCAUUGGCGGGCUGCUCAACUCAGAGAGGGAGUUCCUCCAGAGCAGCACGCUCACUAAAGACUAUAGCAAGGACCCCAACCGCAGGACCACUCCUGUCUGAGAGGUGCUGGCUGCAGAUAAUGUCCAAUCAGAAUAUCAGAGAGUGAUGAUGAGAAACAGUGGGAGUGCGAGCAAAAGCAGGGAACACACAGGGUAAUGGGGGGGGAAGGGGUUUAAUAAACUUUUAACCUUUGAACUGUGAAUCCUGAGCCCUGUAAGAGAUGUGUUGUGUGGAGCAGGGUCCAGCUCCACUCUACCACACAUCACUGUAGUCCUGUAACCCAUUCAAUUUAAGUUCAUGACCUGUAUCCUCAUAAAUAGACUUUUUGGCUUUUACAAGUGGGUAACGGGGUUGACCUUAACAAAAAUUUUGAAAGUAAGUGUUUAGUAUUUUCUCCUUAAAGUAGAGAUAAUGUGAAUUACAGGAAAAGAGGAAGGAGGUGAGAAGUCUGAUCUUUGACCUUUUGACCUCUGUCCUCUGGACCUUUUGGAGAGCAGCAAAGUUGGAUCAGUGCACAAAACAGCCUUAGAGCUCCAAGUUGUCUCUCUGAUUAUGAUACCACGUACGAGUAAGGACAUUAACACCUCAGGAUAGGGACUGAUUCAUUUUCAGUUCAGCCAGAUUCAGUUUGUCCAUUUAUGGUAGCACAUUUGUGGCACUAUUUUUUUCUAUACAUAUUGUGUAUAUUUAGCUGUCCUUCAUACUGACUCAUUAUUUCAUUGUGGAAAAACUGAUUUCUUAAGUGACUGAACUGAAACUGGAUUGAGCUCAGUCCUGGUUACAUUUAUCCCAGGUCAUUUGUUAAACCUACAUAGAAGGGAAAUGGACACAGUGUGACUGUGACUCAGCAAGACUAAUGAAUAGCUUUUUAGAUGGUAACAUUAGAUCAUUGGUGCUUCCCUUUACUCCUGCCAGUCACAAAUCUUCUCUUAAUUUAUUAUUUCACUUAAACAGAUGAUCAGAUAUUUGUCUGUCUGCCUUCACGUAUCACCUUUCACCUUCCAUGUUUUUCUGUGUAGCCCCAUUACUCACCUCACUGCCACCUUCUGCACAUCUUCUCUCUUUCCUCUCCUCUGAGGGACACUCGACUAGAUUAAGGUCCUGUCUUCCACUGGUGUUGCUCGUAGACUAGUUUUCUGGAGGUUGUUGGUACCGAGGAUAGACGACCGACGAGCUGUGAAUAUAUUUUAAGGCAGAGCCAAAUCAUGAUGGAUUUUUUUUUUAUUGCCCACUACCUCUUGGUGAAUAUCUUUCAGAUUAAUUUAAUAUAGACAUCAUUACUUGCCAGAACAAUUAUCGGGGUUUCAGCCACAGAAAUAAACUGGUCACCUUAGUCUAAAGAACUCAUCUCUCUUCUUCAGUGCAGGGUCUCUUGAAUAUACAGAUAAAUAUGUAGAUGGACCUGCAUUACUCAAGAGGAUCUGUGCUCCAUUCAUUCAGCUGUCCUUUUUUAUUUCCCUUCCAUGUGCACAUACACAGUAUGCACAAACACAAGCCUGAACACAUCUUGAUCUCAAGGCCGCGACAUGCACAGACGGUCACGGUCCAAUUAUAUUUCAAAUACCUGUUCAGCUUUUACUGUAACAGAUUCUAGAGACACAUCAAUACACUUCCACUUAUCUCUCUCUCUCUCUCUUGCUUUUUCAUACAUACACACAUGAAAAAACGGCAUGGAUGGGUAAAAAAGCAACAAACGUCAAACUCCAGACUAAAGUAUUUUCACAUAUAGUGUUUAGUCUAGAUUAGAUUUGGAACAAAACAUUAGCGCACUGACAUCCUUGGCACAUGCUGAGAUGUGCUCAGUCUCACUUUCAAAUGUAUAACCUUCCAAAUCUGCAGUGUCUUCGAAAGAUAAAAUGUGUUAGUUGAUGCCAGUGAAGUGAGGUCCUGGGAUGAAAUCUGAAUGAACAGAUAUGCUAAAUGUUGUUUCUGUGCCGUUUUAUUGGGAACCGAUCACUUCCUCAUUAACAUAUAUUUGAACAGUUGUUUCAUAAACCUAACUACACUUUUUUGCAGUAUUACUACUCAUUUACAGUGCAGGCAUGGUUAUAUCAUAUACUGUAUAAGUAGCUGUUAUUUGCACACGGUCAGCUCUUCACUGGAAGUCCCAGCAAUUAGUAAUCUCUUGCUACCUCUGUUCAGUGUAGCUGUUGGCGAACGAUUAAUUGGUAAAUCUCCUACCCUGCUGCAACACAUACGUAGACCCCACAAGGCAUACUUAGCAGCAUUAUAGUGUUGUCUUGAGUUCAGGAAGUGGAAUGAGUCACUGAAAAACAUCUGCAUCAACAUGUACAUGCGCACACAAGGGGAGGCGUUGUGACUGAGUGAGAAACAGGCAAAAUAGCCAUAAAACAAAAACACAGGAAAGUGAGUGAAAGAAACCCUGCUGCAGGAAGCAGCCAUGGGUAGCGAACUUGUAGCUCCAGUAGCGUAAAUGUUCACAGCCUUUUUCUCAGACCUUUUCUUGGACUGAGUAACAAGUAAGUGUGAAACUCAAAGAGGGAGGAAAAAGCAUUUUUGUUCCCCUCAUGUCCCUGAGCCACCACUGCACUGUUUUGUAUAAACUAGAUAUGAAACAACCAAGUUGAUGCUGUCAUACCAUGACUUUGACAGUUAUUACCCUGACAAUAAAAGAUGUUUAAUUUAUGAGCUGCUGUUGUAUCUCCUGUCUUUUACACCAUAAAGGGAACUUAAAGGGACUGUUACUGUCCUUUACAUGUAAAUAUUCAUUUUGCAAGCUAACUACGGCAUCAGAUGUUGUCAUGGGCUGUGACAGAGGAAAAACUGCUUUUCUCUCAGCAAGGGCUUUUAAUUUUUAAAGGACAGGAGCACACAAGGGCUUUUUAUGCUCAGCACUAGGGAGACAUCGUUUUGAGGAUGCUAUGUGAAAGUAUGGGAAGGAAUGAUAACAUACAUUUGCACAGGAACCACUGUUUUAAACCCAACUGAAUAGCUAACUACAAAUGCUCGUGCAAAACAGAAGCAGAGGUAGAUAAAAACAUAAAACAACAAGUGUACUCUUUGGCUCAUUACUCCACGUUAGCUACAGGUUAGCCGUUUGCUUUAGGCUGGUUACUUCCUGAAUAAUUAGAAAUGAAUAUUGCCUUAAACUGAGAUAGAACAACAAGUUUAACUAAGAAGUAUUCGAGUUAGCUUAAGGAUCAAACAUAUAUUAGUGGAAUUAUUAUUAUUUUUACUUGGUGCCACAUAUUAUUCAAAAUGUCCACUACAUGGCCUUCAGGUUAGCUUUAGCUUCGUAGCUCUACAUACUUUUUCCAGCAUAGGAUUCCAGCAGUUUAGUGACUCAGCUGUAGUAUGUAGCUCAGCACAUCAGGGGCCCCUAAGAUCCUAAAGAUCUGUCAGGGGUCAACGUUAAGAACUGCCAUCCAUGAGUCAUGUCAGCAUUGACCUUUCAAACCAUGCAUGCCAUAUCCAUCCACUACCAGUGCUUACAUCCUCUGUAUCUCUAAUUGUGUCUCAAACUGCACCCUAAUCUCUGUACUCUGUAGGGAUACUCAACACCUUAUAAGGGUGUGUGAGCCCGUAAGCCUGUGCUGUGUUAAACAAUGUUUACUCCAGUAGAGCACAGGGUGUUUUUUGAGACGAGACACUCUAUCUCCUCUUGCCGCCAUACAGCUUUGAUACUCUAUCAACAAAUAAUUGUAUUAUUAGUAAAACAAUUAUUCUACUCUAAAGGUGCCACUGUGCAGAGGAUGACAACCUCUGUCACCUACUAUAGUUAUUAAUG